AUGGACUCAAACAAGGACGAAGCCGAGCGGUGCAUUAAAAUAGCCCGAAAUGCGAUCAGUAACAACCAACCGGACAAAGCCAAGAAGUUUCUAGAGAAGGCUCAGCGCUUGUUUCCGACAAAUCAGGCCAAAAGUUUAUUGGAGUCGUUAGGACAGAAUGGAAAGCCCCCGGAUGAGAAUGGUAGUCCUAUGAACGGAGACGGACCCACUAUGAGGCACCGCAGCCCCGGAGAGGAGCCUGAUGCGUCCGCACAGAGGCCCACAGAGUCAGCCAAGCCUUACACCGCAGACCAGCUGGAUGCUGUCAGAAAGAUUAAAAGCUGUAAAGAUUACUACCAAAUUCUAGCCGUUGAAAAGACUGCGUCUGAAGAGGAUCUUAAAAAAGCUUACAGAAAGCUAGCUCUGAAAUUUCACCCAGAUAAAAACCAUGCACCUGGAGCCACAGAGGCAUUUAAAGCUAUUGGUAAUGCCUAUGCUGUGCUGAGUAACACUGAGAAACGAAGGCAGUAUGACCAGUAUGGAGAGGAGAGAUCACACCCGACCAGACACAGACACCACCGUGAUUUUGAAGCAGAUAUUUCACCCGAGGACCUCUUCAACAUGUUCUUUGGUGGAGGCUUCCCAUCAAGUAAUGUACAUGUUUACAGAAAUGGAAGAAUGCACUUUGCACAUCAUAAUAGGCAGGAAAGACGAGAACAACAGAGAGAUGGAGGCCUUGCUCUGUUUGUCCAGCUGAUGCCAAUCUUAAUCCUCAUCAUUGUUUCUGCACUCAGCCAACUAAUGGUUACGCAGCCUCCAUACAGCCUUAGCUACCGCCCGUCAGGUGGACAUAUUCACAAAAGGCAUACAUCAAGCCUGAAGGUGCCUUUCUAUGUUGGGGACCGUUUCAAUGAAGAAUAUUCUGGAAAUAAUCUGAAGAAUGUUGAGCGAAGUGUAGAAGAAGACUACAUCUCCAACCUCAGAAACAACUGUUGGAAAGAAAAGCAGCAGAAGGAAGGCUUACUCUAUCGCGCUCGGUACUUUGGGGAUUCUGAGUUGUACCAAAGGGCACAAAGAAUGGGGACUCCCAGCUGUUCCAGACUAUCUGAGAUUCAAGUUAUACUGGAUGGCUAGGAAUCACUAGCGCACACACAUGGGUUCGUCUGUACUUGAAUCUAAUGAGAAGAAAUCGGUCGGAGCCCACACAAAUUGGAGCAUCUUUCUGCAGCAAACCAAGAGAAUCAAAAUUGCCUUACGCACAGUGGGCAGCAGACCUCAUCAGGGAACCUCUCUGCAACUCGGUGUAGAUUGACUUCCUGUAGAACUGUGAGAAGUUUUGAGUUGACUGCCGACAUUUUUCUGACCUUAGUGUCUUCUGGAAGGGUAAGAGUCCGCUGGGCAUCACGGUGGAAAGUAAGAGCAUAGUUGUCUAUUUGAACGGUUAAUGAAGCUGCUAAGAUUAGCUUUCUCUGUCCCAAUCUUUGUGUUUUCCUUAUAAAAUUUUGAGAAACCUCAUGGCCUUCUCAUAGACAGGUGUCUGAGCCACUCACAAGGAAAGUGUGUAAUUUUUAUAGUUCUUACCAUUGUAAAUAUCCAUUUUACUUUUAACAGUGCAGGGUUUAUUGGAGUUAACAUCAUUUACUGUAAUGUUAUUAUGUGGAUUUGCUUGUAGCCUGUUGGAUCAUAAGUAUUGAAAAUCAUUGCACAAGUAAAAGUAAACCAUAUUUAUUAAAUUAACAUGCUAAAAUUGUAUAAAAGUUUCUUUGAA